AAAAAACAAUUUGGUUAUAGAGUCUUACACAAAAGAAGGAGUACAAAAGUUUUUUUCAACAUGGCCAAAUCUAAUUGGCCAUCUUCAUUUAUGUUGGUCUUAUCCUUGUACAUGUUUUCCAUGGUUGCACAUAUAAGUGCUCAAUACUCUCCACCAACACCACCAUCGUAUGUUUAUCCGCUUCCACCAUAUGCUUACAACAGUCCACCACCAUACGUUUAUAAUCCCCCAUCACCUCCUCCGUAUGUUUACAAAGCUCCACCGCAAUCUCCUCCAUAUAUCUACAGCUCUCCGCCACCACCUCCAUAUGUUUACAAAUCUCCCCCACCACCUCCUUACGUCUAUAGCUCCCCACCACCACCUCCAUAUGUUUACAAGUCUCCCCCACCACUACCCUAUGUCUAUAGCUCCCCACCGCCUCCUCCAUAUGUUUACAAGUCACCACCACCUCCUCCAUACGUACCUCCAUACGUCUACAAAUCUCCUCCACCUCCUCCUUAUGUCUAUAGCACGCCACCACCUCCUCCAUAUGUGUACAAGUCGCCUCCACCACCUCCAUACGUCUACAGUUCUCCGCCACCCCCUCCUUAUGUUUACAAAUCUCCUCCACCACCUCCCUACGUCUAUAACUCGCCACCACCUCCUCCAUAUGUAUACAAGUCUCCUCCUUAUGUCUACAGUUCGCCACCGCCUCCUCCAUAUGUUUACAAGUCUCCUCCUUAUGUAUACAGUUAUCCACCGCCUCCUCCAUAUGUUUACAAGUCUCCUCCUUAUGUCUACAGUUCGCCACCGCCUCCUCCAUAUGUUUACAAGUCUCCUCCUUAUGUAUACAGUUAUCCACCGCCUCCUCCAUAUGUUUACAAGUCUCCUCCUUAUGUCUACAGUUCGCCACCACCUCCUCCAUAUGUUUACAAGUCUCCACCUCCAUAUGUCUAUAGCUCUCCACCACCUUAUGUCUAUAGCUCUCCUCCAUAUGUAUACAAGCCUCCUCCUUAUGUCUAUAGCUCUCCGCCACCUCCAAGUUAUAGCUAUAGCUCUCCCCCUCCACCGAUAUACUAACCAUAUAUAUACUUGAUGAAGUGAACCUCGAAGGAAGAUUGUAUUUAAUAAGNUCCACGGUUUAAAAAGCUUUUUCUUUCGAGACUUCAACAUAUAAGAAAUGUACUGAAAUAUUUAUGUGCAUUUGCACUAUGGGUUGUUUGCUUUUGAUGUUGUUUCCCCUUCUAAUAGAUCAAUGUUUUGUUUUCCAUUUAUAACUAUUGAAUAAAUUUAAUAUUUUAAAGAAUAA